CCUUUCGUUAAUUCAUGCAAAUGUUUGGACAACAAAAGGAGACAAAGAGAAAACCAAAACAUCAGUGAUAUCACGCGCGCGCGCUCGACGAAAUCCUCCGCAGAAUUUCCGUGAAUUUUCAUGACCAAGGAAUGUCCUCCGAGGUCGCGGGUUCCGCCAAGAAGGAGCAGACGCCGAACGUCGUUAACGCCGACAACGGUGGCGAUGGCGACGGUGACGCCAAAGAAGACGAUGUGCUUCCGAAGCACUGGACCAAGGUCCGAUCGAAGAAACAUCCGGAUCGGUUCUACUACUUCAACGUGGCGACCAAGGAAAGCUUGUGGGAACACCCGGGUCGGAGCAAGGCACUGGAGAAGGAAAAGGACAUCAUACGGAACGUGGUUGGGAAGGUGCAGGCGAAGGGAAAGCAGGAAAAGGUUGUGCAGCUGAAGAAUGAUACUCAAUUCAAGGUGAAGAAGAAUUUGGCCAAGGAGAGGCUGGAUAAGUUGCAGAAGCAGUUGGAGCUGGAGAGGAAGGCUGAGAAUGAGAAGAGGGCGAAGGCUAAGGGAGAGGCGAAAACUCCGGAAAGUCCACGGAAGAAAGCGGCUGGGAAAGCUUCGGCGAAAGGGGGAGAAGGAAGUUCACCUUCGAAGUUGAAGCGGAAGCGUGUCGGGUCAGAUGAGUUGCCUAGUAAGGAAUCGAAGCCGGUGGAAGUUAGUUCCAAGAGUAAGGCGAUUGCAAAGAAGACAUCUGUGAGUGUUGUGACUAAAAGACUGAAUAAGGAUGUGAAGCAGGAAGUCGCAAAGCCUCCGGUAGCUAGUGAGCUUCUGAAGCUGGUCAAGGAUGUAGGGACGCCUCCGAAGACUAGUUCCGAACUGAAGUCCUUUAAGAUACCCAAGAAAGCCAAGCAGGCACCUGUUAGUUCUUCAAUUUUUAUGGAUAUUCAAAAAUUGAAUGAAUCGCAGCCAAGUAGCUUGCCAUCUCCUAAGACUGAUCUACCUCAACCUGAAUCGGUUUCAAAGGAAGCCGUUCUCGAUUCAACACCGAAAACUUCGUACGCUCAACAGUUUCUUCAAGCAAUUGAGCGAAGAUCAUCGCCAACUUUAUUGCCACAAACGCCGAUUCAAAGAGAUCCAAAGGGAGCACAAGAGAUUGUAACCGUUCCGCAACCGAACAGGCUACUCCAGAGCUUACAGCGGACGCAAAUCUGCCCGUCCCCUCAAAUAUCACCGCUAGUAACUCCCACCAUCACAUCCACUCCGAAACUCCAGGCCCUCAUCCGGCAAGAGCAAGACACCCCGCGAUCCGUGAAAUCCCCCGCCAACGAUCGUCUAUCCGGAAUCCGCGAGCAACUUGCCCAGGAGGUAGCUCAGCAAACCACCCUGCUCAACGAGGACGCCGAAAUGACCGACCUGAGCGCGGCAGCCGACGACCAUGAUGACCAGGAAGAAGCCAUGGACUGGGAAGACAUUCCGGAGGAGGAGGCCCUGCGGGAAGUGGUCGCCGUCCGGCAGCUGCUCCCCAUUGGGUUCACCUCGGUGGUGCUGGACACCGCGAUACCGGAAUAUGGCACGCACCUGUUUGAUGCGAUCCAUUUCCGGCGGUUCGUGUUCCUGGUGAUGGACACCAACGUGUUCCUGUCGCACCUGAAAGGGGUGGAGCGACUGCUGGAGAAGGGAUUUCCACACCUCGGCCAACCGAUUUUGGUCAUUCCGUACAUCGUGCUCCAGGAACUGGAUCGAAUCAAGCACCGGGAAAAGGGCAAACCGCUGUCGCAGGCCGCCAGUCAGUCGAUCCGCUUCCUGAACGAGCACUUGAAGCGGCGUGAUCCCCGGGUAAAAGGCCAGUCAACGGUUGAGGCGGCGGUCCACCUGGUUCCGGUGGAGAACCCCGACGACCACAUCGUCAACUGUUGCUUCCAGGUACGGCAGAUCAUCGCCGGUCGGGCCGGAACGGACCUGAUGCUGCUGUCGAACGACGUCAACCUGCGGAAUAAGGCCCUGGUCAAUGGGGUGCCGGCCUUUGGCUACGGAGAACUGAUGGCGGAAGCCGACCGGAUCCGGUUUGCGGCGGAUGACGACGGUGGUGGGGCGACGGAUGGCGGAGGUAGGUGACAUUCCUUAAGCGGGGUAGUCGAAAGAGGGACGUUGAACGCUUCCCGUAAACUAGUUAUAUGACGCAAGCUGUGACUUUCUAGAUCUUAAGACAAUCCAAAUCCAGUUGAAUUAUAUUUUUGGAGUUCUGUUUAUUGUUGAACAUCGAUGAA